AUGUCUGAUCAGCCUGAGCCACAAUCCGUUCCCGCUACGGUCUUCUACUUCGUGCCCCCAGAGGACGGCUCGAAGCCCUACAAUGACGUCAAUGCGGACCCCCUUAAAAUCAAGCGCAACUGGUCCUCCGAGCCGCGCUCUGUCGAGAUCGAGAACCUCCGCGGCAAGGAAGACUCGGUGACGCUUGAUACCGCCGGCUUCCUGUUCGGUCGCGAGGCCGCCGCUCACAAGACGUUCACGAACGAUGCUGAGGUCGAGGCAGAGUACUACCCCGAGAGCAUUGAGCUCGUGAAGAAGCUCACCGGCGCAAGCCGUGCCGUCAUUUUCGAUCACACAAUCCGCCGCCGCCGUCCAGGCGUGGCAGAUACUCCGCAGUCGCGUCAGCCCGUCCCGCAGGCGCACGUCGACCAGACGACCGCCGCGGCGAUUGCGCGCGUGCACCGACACCUCCCGCCCGCGGAGGCCCCCGCGCUCCUCCAGCGCCGCUUCCAGAUCAUCAACCUCUGGCGACCCAUCUCGCACCCCGCGUACGACUGGCCGCUCGCGCUGUGCGACUACCGCAGCGUCGACACGAAGGCGGACCUUGUCUCCACCGACCUGAUCUACCCGGACAGGGUGGGUGAGACGAACAGCGUCAAGUUCAACCCGAACCACAAGUGGAAGUACCUCCGGGGCAUGACGCCAGAGGAGUUCGUCUUCAUCAAGUGCUUCGACUCGAAGACUGAGGACAACACCGCGAUCCUGACUCCUCACACUGCUUUCGAGGAUCCGAGCACGCCCAAGGACGCCCCGCCGAGGGAGUCGAUUGAGCUCCGUAUGCUCGUCUUCUAUGACUAG